AACAGGUGCGGUGACAUCGUUACAUUAGCGGAAGGAAAAUGUCUCGUCCGGACGUGCAUUUUGGCGAAUGGUUUUGCCUCGUACGUCUUCUUUGAAAGUCGCUUUGAGUGACCGUCUCGCGGAUAACGGCCAUAAUACAAAGGACUACGCUUCCCAGCAUGCUUGUCGGCCAACCAACACAAUUGCAUGCAGUAACAACUGCUGAUGGCUAACAAGUUAAUGUUACCAUUUGCAGCAAUGCUGAGUUUCCUCGUAGCUGCUUUGCUUUCCACAAGCGGCGUGUCUGCCUCGGACACUAAAGUCUCACACAGUGUCCACGGUCCCAGUGAGAAGUACUUCAUGUUGAUAUGGCACAACCGGCUGUACUUGUACUCAGCUGCUGCACUUGUCUUUGGGAUCUGGUUCUCACUGAAGAUGGCCCUGAAGAAGAAAAGCCUCUCCAAAGACGACAGCUCGAUGGUCUACAGACCUGUGAAGGACAGUGACGGAGACACUGCGGUUCAUGUGUCGGGAGUUAAAAUCUUCUACGGCUCACAGACCGGAACAGCAAAGGGCUUUGCUAAGGAGCUGUCGGAGGACGUGAAGGCUUUGGGCGUACCAGCAGAGGCGAUUGACAUGAAAGACUACGAUCCAGAUGAUCAUCUUGCUGAUGAGUGCACCAACAAGUCGGUCUGUGUGUUUGUGGUGGCCACCUACACCGAUGGACGACCCACCGAGAACGCCGAGUGGUUCUGCAAGUGGCUGGAGGAGGCGUCCACCGAUUUCCGGUACGGGAAGACCUACCUCAAAGGCCUCAGAUACGCAGUGUUCGGCCUCGGGAACUCAGUCUACGUUGGCCACUACAACACAGUGGGUAAAAACGUGGACAAGUGGCUGUGGAUGCUGAGCGGCAUGCGAAUCAUGACCAGGGGGGAGGGCGACUGUAAUGUGGUGAAGAGCCGCAAUGGAAGCAUCGAGGGAGACUUCGUGUCCUGGAAGGCCAAGUUCCUGAACCGCCUCCAGGCUCUGGCCAGGGGUGAGAAGAAGAGCUGCAGUGGGAAGUGUAAGAGUGAGGGCUCCUGUAAGAACAAGAAGAAGGAGGAGAAGGCGGCUCUGCACAGCUCUGAGGAGGACUUGAUUGAGUCCAGCAGCGAUGAGGAGGAGUCUGGCCUGCAAGAUGAGAAAAAAUCAGGUUCAGUGGUUGACAUGGAGGAUCUGGGAAACAUCAUGAAUGGCGCCAAGAAAGCAAAGAGCAAAGAGGAGGGUCGAGGAGACGGCCAGAUGGUGAAGCUGUCCAAGUUGAACGGAUUGAAGAAGAUUGAGGAUGAAGGGGAAAGAAGAGAGAUGAUCACCCCUGCCCUUAGCGAAGCACUGACAAAACAAGGGUACAAACUAAUUGGAAGUCACUCAGGAGUAAAGCUUUGUCGAUGGACCAAGUCUAUGCUACGAGGGAGAGGAGGCUGUUACAAGCACACUUUCUAUGGUAUUGAGUCCCACCGGUGCAUGGAGACGACCCCCAGCCUCGCCUGUGCUAACAAGUGUGUCUUCUGCUGGAGACAUCACACCAACCCUGUGGGCACAGAGUGGCGCUGGAAGAUGGACCCUGCUGAGAAGAUCCUACAGGACGCCUUGGAGAAACACCAGAACAUGAUUCGACAGUUCAGAGGUGUCCCUGGGGUGAAGCCCGAGCGGUACGAGGAGGGUUUGGCAGUCAAGCACUGUGCCCUCUCCCUGGUGGGUGAGCCAAUCAUGUACCCCGAAAUCAACACGUUCAUCCGCCUCCUCCACUCCCACCACAUCUCCAGUUUCCUGGUCACCAAUGCACAGUUCCCACAGGAAAUCAGGAGUCUGGUGCCAGUUACCCAGUUAUAUGUUAGUGUGGACGCCAGCACUAAAGACAGUCUGAAGAAGAUCGACCGGCCACUUUUUAAGGACUUCUGGCCACGCUUCUUGGACAGCCUCAAAGCCCUGGGAGAGAAGAGACAGAGGACCGUGUACAGACUGACGCUGGUGAAGGCCUGGAACGUGGAGGAGAUGCAGGCCUACUCAGAGCUCAUUGCCUUGGGCCAACCGGACUUCGUUGAGGUCAAGGGAGUGACGUACUGCGGCGAGAGCUCGGCCAGCAGUCUGACCAUGGCUAACGUCCCCUGGCACCAGGAAGUGGUCGCCUUCGUCCAGCAGCUCGCUGACAUGUUGCCUCAGUAUGAGAUCGCCUGCGAACACGAACACUCCAACUGCUUGCUCAUCGCACACACCAAGUUCAAGGUGGAUGGCGAGUGGUGGACAUGGAUCGACUACGAGCGUUUCCAGCAGCUGGUCCGGACUCACGAGGAGAGUGGGGGUCAGCAGGGCUUCUCAUCCUUGGACUACAUGGCCAAGACUCCCAGCUGGGCUCUGUUUGGAGCUCAUGAACGAGGUUUUGACCCGGCCGACACACGCUUCCAGCGACGCAACAAAACCAAAGACAUUUCAGGAUGCUGAUAGGUGAGAGUGAGAUAAGAGAGGUAGGAUGGACAGAGCAGAGCGAGUGCUGAUCUCUGUGGCGAAAAGGUAAUAAAUAAAGAGUUUAUAGUGUUUUUUAUUUCCGUCCUCUUGGAGUUUCAAUGCCUCUUUUUGCUAGACAGCUUCUUCUUCUUUUUUUGCUGUUCACAGCUGCCCUCGUCCACAUGUGAACUUUUCUCCCUCUUUUCAUUUCCCUUCGAUUUAAAAGCCUAAAUUCUAUUCCAAGAGCAGCCCAAACCUGCUAGAAUCAACUCUUUCACCCUCGUUUUCCUGUCAUUGCCCUUCACAUUGACUUAAGUGCUUCUUUUGCUUUGUGUAUGUAUGCUUCUCUCUUUUUUGAAGGGGUCAUUAUUAUAAUGUCAAAUGGCUUUGAUCCGCGCAGCCAUCUGGCAGCACUCGCAACGGUUUACUCUGUUAAAUCGGAGCCUGGCUUUGGCUCCGUCAUCAGCCUCGUUUGACAUUUUUAUAAUCGGGUUUGUAGCCAGGCAGCCGUACAGCUCAGGAUGUGAUUAGCAGGUGAGGAGAAACUCCUCUCCUCCUGUUGUGUGUGUGUGUGUGUGUGUGUGUGGGAGCGACACACACCUUUGCUCUUCCUCCUACUCAUUAAGACAACAGUUGUAUGUACUUGGCGGUGAGAGAAGAACAUCAGGGCUGCGUCUCCGCUGGAAGAGCUGAGCUUCUUGUUGCUCUCUCUGUGGUUUUUAUAUGUAUAUAUAUAUAUAUAUACACCAAAGGUUACACUGCUGCACAUUCCCAACAGUGUCAGCUUGGUUGUUAGAAAAUAUUACAGCUUUUAUCCUGCCAUCGCUGUUGACGAUUAAAAAAACAUCAUAACAUAUUUGACUUGUUUGAGUAGGUUGAUACUGAAAAUAUUUUGUGUAUCAGAGUUACUGUUUCUAUGAUCAGUGGUUAUAAAACCAUAAAGUGGGUAAAUGAAAUAAAACUGUGAUAAAAUUGUGUCGUUUUAGUCUUGCAAUUCAAGAAACAAUAAAUCAGUAAUAAAUUGCCGAGCAAGUGAACUGUUAAUUUACAACACAUUUAAAAUAUUCAACCUCAACAGUCUUAUCUUCAUUGAGCCAUCGUCCAGGAUGAGGAGUAUGAAGACGAGCAUCGUGGGCGGCGGUGGUGUAGCCACAUACUCUCCGCCUCCUCGAGUGCCAGAGUGAAGCCUUUCUCUAAUGAUAUUUCGGUCAAUCCAGAUGUACAAAUCAAGUCCAUUUUAAUGUGUUUUGUUUGAAUGUAAAUCCAGAUGUAAAAAUUCAUUUUCAUUAGUUUUGUAAGGUCUCUGAUGUUGCAGUGCCUCCCUUUUGAGAGGAACAACAAGGUGUGUGGGUCUGCCACUGUAAUAAACGUAUUCAGAAAACUC